AUGACUGUUAAACUGGUGGACAAGUCGCUGGAAACUAUCAACAACACCCUGCAUCUGCACAUCUUCCAAGCCGACGUGAAGGCCAUGCCAACGUUCAACCUCGCCGACGUCGUGGUGGUUAAAAGGACAAAGGUGCAAAAAGCCAUGGGGUCGGACAACUUUUCGCUGUUGUCCAAUUUUGCCACCAUAAUAGACGUCUACCGGGCGCGAACGGCGUCGCCAGGCAAGCUUGAGCAUCAUCACCAGUGGCUUGAUCAGCCAAACCGCGUGCAGUACCUAACGCCCUCGUCGUUGGAGCACGGUUUCGCUGAAUACCUUCACAAAACCAUCAACAAGAACGCCCUUCCGUCCAUACAAUGUUUCGAGGCUGAAGCCGAAAAGUCACGACAUAUCCUGGACAAGCGGCGGGAGCUCAAAGACGUUGCCGACGGCAUGUUUCAAGACAUAAUUGUGAAUGUCGUUGCCGAUCCGUACCAUACCGGCUCCUGUUCCCUUCUCUGGGUGACAGACUACACGGAAAACUGCAACUUUCGAAACGUCGACGACUCCGGAGUGUCUCUCAACGAGUACCACCAGGUUGGCGACCAGAACAAAUACCUCACAAAAUUCGGGGGCCGCGAAACGCAUCAGGUCAACCCACGUACUCUGUCAAAUUGGUGCGGACCGGCUGGCCGCUUUAGUAUGCUAGUUACGUGCUACGCGGAACACGCCAGCAUUGUCAGCAAAGAGGUAAAACGGGGCUCCUGGGUCGAGUUGAAAAACGUUCACGUCAGGUGGUAUGGCGGAAUGCUAGAAGGCGUCAUGCACGAGGACCUGGAAUAUCCAGAGCGCAUAAAAGUGAGAACGCUCGAGAUAGUCAAUGGCGAAGCAGACGAAAUGGACCCUCGGCUCCAAAAUGCACUGGGGCGCAAGAAGGCCUUUAUGAAGGCCAGGCAAAGGAACAGGAAGCGAAAGGCGCUGCCUGUCGCAGACGGGCCAGAAACGGGAAAGAUUCCCAAUGCGAGGCAAAGACGAAAGCUCACCCGAUCCGCCAAACCCGCGCAGAGCACGUCGUCCGAUGUACCGCUCACCAACCGGCCCAAUGAAGCCAUCCACUGCGAGUAUCCAGACCGCGCCUUGACUUCGCUUUCCAGCAUGUUAGACCCCAAACUGUAUACAGUGCCCGGUCCCGAAAAGCUCCAGCUCCCAUUUGCCAACAUCAAAUUCAAGACAAAAGUGCGCGUCGUGGAUUUUGUUCCUACCAACCUAGCGGACUUUGCCGUCAAACGCUACAUUUCAGACAUCGACAUGGUCAAGGACGACUCUGAUUCUGAUUCGCUAUCCGAAGAUGACGACCGCGGCAAUGGGGCCCAUUGUGUCUGGGAAUGGCGCUUUGCGCUGUGUUUAGAAGAUGCUUCCUCGGCGAGAAAUGACAACGACAACGACAAGGAAGAUAACAGCAGCGGGUUGCCACCGACACGCUGUUGGGUAUUUGUCGACAAUUUUCACGGCCAGAUGCUGCUUCGCAGUGAGGCCAGCGACCUGCGGGCGACCAAGGAAGCAACCAGAAACCUGCGCGAGAAGAUGUUCCAUAUGUGGGGCAACCUGGAAGAGAUAAAGGCUGACGCAAAACGGCGGGCGAAGUUUACAGUGGAGGCCACUAAUAUCAGGACCAAAGCAGCGGCCCAGCAGAAGGAAGACCUGGAGAAAGCUGCCAGGGUGGCCGCGAAGAAGCGGGAUCGGGAAGAGCAGAAAAAGCAAGCUGCACGACAGUACCACGAGACAAACCGCAAGGAAAUCGCCUUUAACGGGGGCAACAUGAAGCACUACAAGCAGCCAGAGGACGACAGCGACGACGACGAGGACGACAACGGCGGCGGCGGCGGCGCAGAGGCCAAUAAUGCAAUGAACACGGGCAACAGCAACGAUGCUACACAGGCGCCAGUGCAAACGCCAGGACUGAGUCCCGACCAAGUAGCGCGGCUGACCGAAAUAGCAAGGGAGCUGGAAAAACCAGUAGCCCAGCUGACGAACCGGCCGUUUGUUUGCUGUCUGCAGCAGUACGGCGUCCGCAACACCGUGUAUGACAAUGUUGAGGACGAAGAGGAUGACGAAUGCGAGUACACCUGGCAGCGAACGUUUGGCAUGUUCGGAACUACGAUCCGAGGCUGA